AGAAGGUAGUUCUUGACAACAAAAGUUUAAAUAUGAUUGGAUUCUAUUAGAUGUUCCUUGUACUGGUUUAGGAACAUUGAGAGGAAAUCCUGACUCAAAAUAUAGAUUUUCUUCGGAGAGAUUAAAUGGUAUACUUAUGAAUUGAAGUAGAUUUAAUAAAACUGUAAUAAGACAUAUUCGAUAAGCGAUAAUAUACUUACGAUAAGAUGGAGUGAUAGUUUAUUUAACUUGUACCUUUUGAAAGAUGAAAAUUAGAAUCAAGUUAAGCAUUUUUGCAAGAAAUAUAAUUUAAGUGUAGUGGAUAACGAUUACUUCUAGAGCUUACCUGAGAAAGGUGGAAUGGAUAGCUUUUUUAGUAUUAGUUUGAGAAAAAUUGAGUAUGAAUAUAAUAAUAUGAUGUUGAUUUUAAAUUCAAAGAUGAUCUCUUAGAUCUUGAUGGAGACUUGA